CGAACACAAACGCAAAAAUGGCGGCGCGAGUUGUUUGUCGGUGUACGUCGCCUCGGAAAUUUUGAUUUUUUUUCGCGUUUCGCGUACAAAAUGGACAAUAAAAAGAGUCCGAUACGAAGGGCGAAACGCGGCCCCAAAGUGGUCGAGGAUAAUUUUUGGGAUUGUAGCGUGUGCACGUUCAGGAACACGGCCGAAGCGUUCAAAUGUUUGAUGUGUGACGUGAGAAAAGGGACUUCCACAAGGAAACCGAGGAUUAAUCCACAAUUAGUGGCACAACAAGUUGCCAGUCAAUUCCUGCCGGCGACAAGUAGCACCAGCGUGAUAAAAAAGGAGAGAAAAGACAAGAAAAGCCUGAAAAAACGCCGUCAUCCUCCGAGAUUAAAAAACAUCGACAGAAGCACGGCUCAGACGCGAGAAGUCACAGUCAAUAGUGUCACAGUAGUAAUAACCGAGUACAAGCCGAAAAUUAAAUCAGCUGAAACCGUUACCAGCAGUAGUUCUUCAGAUCACGGGUCUCAGUCCGAAUCCAGUAUGGAUGCAAGAUAAAUUUUUGUGCAGUGAUUAAUGUGUUUGUAUUUUUUGUUAAGACAACGAUUUACUUUAGGAAUGAACUUUUUGAGCACUUGGAAAGAUUACUGAGCGUUUCAUUUUUUUUUUAAACAGCCACCAACGAAUGAUAUAAUUCAACUCCACUGCCGUUACCAAAAAUGUUGUUCGUAAUUUGCAUAGAGCCUAAAAAGGAACUCUAUUGCAAAAAAUAGUAUUUGUUUUGUCCACUUUAAUUUUUUAAUUUAUGUGUAUCAGAGGCACUUUUAGGGUGAAAAUUAUUGUUUUUUUUUUUUCAAAAUUGUUCGAUCAUUCAGGUGAUCUCUGUAUAAUUAUUUUUAUUAAUCUGUUUUAAAGAUUAUUAUUGUACAUUUGAGAAAAAUGUAUUUUAUUUUGUAUAGAUAAUUUAUAAAAUGUAUUCGAUGGAAUAGUUUGUAUUUGUAACAACUGUAUUGUAUGUUUUUUUUAAUUUUAUUAUUAGUGUGUUGGUAAUAAAUUAUUAUUUGUAUUAUACAUAUAUUUAUUUUGCUUUAUUAUCCAUUAAAAAAGUUCCAAAACCUAAAAGGUUUAUUCGGAUUUAUGUCCAA